UUUCAAGUGCUUCACUUGUUUGCGUCUCUAUUCCUCUUCCACUUGUGCGAGUCAAGUAUUAGUUCAAUGCCCUUGAGCAUGAGCGAAAGCAGAACUAACAAAGAAAGGUUAUCUGGAUUUUUUUUUUCAUUCUCUUCCUUUGCGACCGGUCUUAGCCUGAACGAUUCAGGAAUCUCGCAUUGCAGCCGCCAGAUUACAUCAUCACCUCCCUGUCUUCGCGUCAAAGCCGAGCGGUUGGUUUUAUUAUUAAAAGGGACAGCAUAAAAUGCAGGGCUGUACGAACGGGAUUGUGUUGUACUAACAGCAAAAAAUGAGAGAGAGGGAGAGGGAGAGAAAAGGAGCCAAUCCCACUGAUGUGAGUGUUUCGGUGCAUGGUUUUAAAAAAGCAAGAUUUGUUAUCUUUUUGUUCUCUCCCCUGUUACCCCCACGCUUAUUUUAAGAUGUCAUGGCAGAGGCGGAGGGAAGUCUACCGGCAGCGGAUGCAACAACCCUGUACGAGGAAUACGAGUGCAAGAUCUGCUACAAUUACUUCGACCUGGAUCGAAGAGCGCCCAAGAUUCUAGAGUGUCUGCACACGUUUUGCGAGCAGUGCCUGACCACACUUCACGUCAGGGAGGACCGGCCAUGGAGAAUCGCCUGCCCUAUCUGCCGGCACAAGACAGCCGUGCCUGACUACAGGAUCCACAACCUGCCCAAUAAUACCAAGGUCACCGAGGCUUUCCCUCUCUACGUGGGCGCCGAUCCGCUUCCUCAGGACGCGCUGCCUCCGACGCCCCAGUUACAUCGGUUCAACCAGCAGCGACAGCAUCACUCGCAGCAUCACCAUCAGCAGCAGCAGCAGCGGUCCAGCCCUGUUCUACCGCCUGAGAUAGCGAUCCCCUCGGCGGCAGCAAGCAGCCACCAGUCCCCGGGACCCUCGGCGCCCUACGAGAGCUGCCAAAAUUGUAAGAGGGCCGCUCUGACCGCUGGCUGUGUCUGCGUCAUCUUCUCUUUCCUCUCUAUGGUGGUGCUGCUCUUCACCGGCCUGAUCUUCGUUAAUCACUACAACAGUUCGCCCUCGCCCGUCGGCCCCAUCUGUCUGUCGGUGGCCAGCAUCCUGGCCUUGUUCUCUGUGGUCGUCACAUGGGUAAUCUGCUGGCUCAAAUAUCGGCCCGACACCAACGGGUCAGGAAAUAACAGGGCGUCCGCCUCCUCGGCACCUAGGAGAAACACUUAGCGAAAUUUGGCAGCGGUGAAGCGCACCGGGCGUUUUGUUAUAAAAUGACCAAUUGGAGAACAAAGCCCAGUACUGCCACGCUGUUAUCCAAUACUGCUGCAUGUCGAAGCGAAAGGAAACGACCAGGGCCGGAAUACGUUCAUUCAACACCUUUCCCCUUUACGCAUCACACGUCAAACCUAAAAUAUUUAGAAUGACUUAUGUUUAGCUUGUUGUUGAAAUAACUAGUGCCGAUAUGUAGAUGUACCCUACUGGCUGGCUAUGUUUGUACUAAUAACGGAUAUUACAUGCGUGGUAUUGUGUUGAAAUGUACAUGUUCGAAUUGUACCGAAUGUGAAAUAUGCAUAAUUAGAUUUUGAUGAUGAAAGAAAAUUAUAUAUGUUCAGUUAAAAAAAAUGCUGAGAAACGUGAUUGUUUAAAGUCACUAAAUUACGGGGCUCGGUUUCCUGGAUUGAAAACCACAGGAUAACGAGGAGUUUUGGCGGGUUAAUGGGUUUCCUUAUGGAAUUAGUUUCCUGACAAUAGGACGACCUCGUAGACAAUGGCUCGUUUUUACUAGACAGACUGCUGGGUAUCAGGACUACUGUUGCAAAGAAGAGCCUUUUAAGUCUGAAAAGUAUCUUAUAUGUAGAUGGACUGUAGUUUGAUGGACUUGAGUCAAAUGUAGGCUGUUGAAAAGUGGUUAUAAUUAACUCGAUAUGCCACUGAAGCAGCCCAAGUGCAUUCACAGCAGAAUACGUCAAUUUCUGUGUAUUAGUCACAAUUACUAUUUGUAUUUAUUAUAUCAUUAAUACAUACAUUUAAACUAUAUACAUCUUCGGGUAACACGAUUCUCACGAUACAGGCAAUAAACGUGUAAGGACAUUAACCAACAGGAGCCUUAACAGUGUACAUGAGCAAAAUGUAAAUGUAUAAAAUCAUGGAACACUUGAGGAUAAAAUGAAAUUUGAAGUAUUCUGUAUGUUUGCAUCGGUCUUAUAACAUUCGGGUGGAUUUAAAUUAAAGGAAAAGUACCGAAACCAGUACAGGAAAUUGUGAGUCAUAAAUCACUUCUCGAGGAUCCAACAAGUCUACUGAAUCAAUCUCCAUCCUGUGUUAAAGUUGCACUAUGAUGCAUCUGGAUACUUAGAGCCCGAAAGAGUGGCAAGUUCCAAAGCAAACAGGCUCUGUUAGAAUUCCUGGCAUAAUAACAUUGCAUUGCGGAUUUGUAAUUUCUAUUUCCAAGAUGAGAUUUUUAGAAUUUGUCCAGAGUGAACCAACAUUACAUCUUGUUGCAUUUUUGAUGGAACUAAAAGAUAAAAGAAAUACGAAUCUUAAAAACUAAUACGGGAGGAUGCCAAUUGAGAAACCGCCUCUGGACUGAUGCGUCAGUGCUCGAAAUCUGGGCAAAUAUUAAACAAAAAUGGAGGCAGAUGCGCGACUGAGCGCACGUACACGGGAGGCUCACUGCUCCACCGAGGACUGUGACGAUAGGAAAUCAAUCUGACUGUUGGGAAAUGCACAAUCCAAAUGUUUUCAGUGCCUGAACUGUGUGGCCUUUCAAGUGAUUUUGUAAGUACUGUAUAAUUCAGGACAUGAGUGAUAAUCUAAUGAACUAUUAUGAGAACUAAAGUCAAAAUAGUGGUCUUUCUGUAUCUGGAAUAUGAAAAAAUGUGGCUUGACUAAUGGCCCAGAUAGUCUAUCUCGAUAUCGCAUGGUGGCAGUUGUGUGGUGAGAAUGUGCUGUGUCUUCUCAAACAGGUUCUCGGUCACCACUGAGUCUGCUUAUUUUAACAGUGUCAAGAACAUCUUGGCAUUAAGGCUGAAAGAAGGGAAGGGCUGCUACUGUCCCAGGUUGCUAUCUGCGUGCUUGCUUUCUUGUGGGAAUGGUGUGUGUGUGUGUGUGUGUGUGUGAGAUUAGGAGGCAACUCGCCUGGUUACUGCGUUUCCAUGGUUAAAUGG